UUAUCAUGCUACGGGCAUUUUUCAUACAACUAAAAUUUGGGUUUGAAUAUUUAAAAGCUAAUGUUAUUCUAUUUUCUUUUACUAAAUCUAACUUUAUUGUUUAUUUUGAGAAGAGUAGCAGAUGCUGAAAAAAGUUGUAUUUGAUGUUUUGUGCAGUAAAUCUAUCAGUUGAUUAGAAAGUAGAAUUUUUACUGUCUCAUCAAAUUCCCCUUGGUCUUACGGUGAAUCGAACUGGUUUGUAAUGCUAUGGACUUCCAACACUAGCGGGAAAAACAUCUGAAUCUUUCACUCUCAGUUUUUGUUUACACAACAAGAAUGGCGGCUGAAUCAAAAACAAGAUUUGACAAGCAGAGCACGAUAUCAUUCACUCUACCUAUAUCUUGUCAGAUAUGUCUGGGAAAGGUAAAACAGCCAGUUCUAUGUCCAAAUAAUCAUGUAUUUUGUUCAUGCUGUAUGGAAGUUUGGCUACAGAGAAAUCAACAGUGUCCAGCUUGUAGAGUUGAUAUAAAUCCAGGCAAUCCUAUUCAACAAAUCAGAGGUGGAUUAAAUCAUACAGAAGACAGUAACGAGAGAUUGAGUAAUCCACAAAUGAGACGAGCAAGAUUUGAAAUUUUAUACAAAGAAUAUGAAGAUGAGUUUGAGAAAAUGGCAGCAGACAUCCACAUGCUGCAAACAGAAAAUAAUGUAUUAAAAUCACAGCUGAAAAAAGAGGGUGUGAGGUUGGUGGAUAAUGGUGGAGAUUUUACACAUCCCAACAAUGUUGAUGCUAAUCAGAUGCUGGUUCUAACGCGAAAAUUACAAGAUGCCCACAAACAAUAUGAGAAAAUUAAACAAGAAUUUAACAAGUAUAAACAGGAAAAUAAUAAAUUGAAAGAUGAAAAUGUGAAUGUGAAUAGAGAAAAUGAAAGAUUGAGGGUUGAAAUAGCUAACAGAUCUCCUCAUAGAUAUGGUCGAUACACCGUAGCUACUUUAGAAUCAAAAGUAGAAGCUUAUGAAAAGGAAAUCAAACAGUUAAAUAAAGCGUUGGAACGAAGCGACAAAUAUAUCGAAGAUCUAGAGAAGGAGUUAGAAUCAUAUGGACAUCAGAAAAACAGCGAAAAACCUAAAGCUGUCAAAGACUAUAGUGAUUUUAAUGGAUCAAUUUCUGAUACAAAAUCGGAUGUGGAAGCCUCAAAAAGACGAUUAUUUUCAGAUAAAGAUGGCUUCAGUCAGAAGAGUGAUUUUGAUAAAACGGACCCAGUUCAGUUUGCGUUAGAUUUGUAUAAAAGUAGCACCAAGAGCAUUAAUCAGGAAAAUAAUGCGGUUAGUUCGACCAAAACUCUUCAAGACAAGGAAUUGGUCAUUCGGCCUGAAUCUCCAGGACAGAAACUGUGGAAAUCAAGUCUAGUCAUAAAUUCACCCCAGAAAGAUAGAACCCCUAAGAAGGUCCAGUUUGACCUCUAUUCCCAAUCGGGCAACAACGAUUCUUCAACUUCUUCUUUUGACCUUGAGAAACCUAGUCCCCUAUCCCUAACACCCUCUACCUCCAUGGGCAAAUUAUCUCUUUCAGACAAUAAUCCCUCAUCAGCUAAAAAAUAUUUAAACUUUGAUGAGAACUAUUCCAAAUCAAAGCCAAAGAUAUCUGAAAUGACAAACGGUUACGUUUCAAGAUCUAGUUUGUCCCAGAAAGCGAUUUUGUCAGACAGUGAUUUAGGCUUGGACGAUACUGGAGCUAUAAAAACAGAACUUGAUGAACUGAACAUUUCAUUGACACCAGAGCUGUCUGAUUGUAUGAAAUUAUUGAACAGAGCCGAAAAGAACGUCCAUGUCAGUAAGGCUAGCGGAAGCAGGAUGGCCAAAAAUGAAGUUCAAGUUGCAGGUACCACAAGCUCUGCUCCCAUCAUGCCUAAAAGCUUCUUCUCAGAAAAUAACGGCAGUUCCUUCAAUCACCACCAGCAGCAAAACUUUCAAACCUUCACCUCCUUAGAAAACUGUCCAGCUUCACAAAGUCAUUAUCCUCCUUUAAUACAUACUUCCACAUCUGCUCACCCUUCAACUUCUGCUGCAGUGAACAGGGGAGGUAACUCAUCUCCUAUAGGAUUGAGUUUUUCAGGAACCGGUAAUAGCGAUUCGUUUAGAUUGGAAGCACCGGCUAGUAACUAUAGUUACGUUUCCAAUGAUCUUUCCUCCAGAGCUUCAGAUUCAUUUUUAACGGAACCCAAGAAACGUUUGUUUGAGACAGACGAUGAAUUUGAUCUGACCAUGAGUCCCAUCAAAACCACUCGUCAUUACUAAUCGUCAGUUUAUCACCAUUAAUAACAAAAUUAUUAUCUGGGGCUUAAUUCACAAAAUCUGAAAACUAAAAUAUUUUAAGGAUGCAGUCAUUUCAUUGGUUGAGAGUUAAAAUCCAGUUAAAAUUUUGCUCUUGGCCAUUGAAAGGGGAGAGCGAGAUGGGAUUUAAGGUUCACUCAGCACAAACUAGGCCAUUUUGGGACUAACAUGUUGGAGGAAACCGGAGGACCAGGAGAAAACCCACGAGGCUGAACAGACCCCCCCCCCCCCUAGGCAGUGAAAGGACUGAAUUCUUAAAAUAAAGUACAGUAUUUGUGAAUACCCUGAUCUUAAUUUUGUACCCGUAUUAAUACUCUGUCAACGCAAGAAUAAUUUUAUAAAUGUAUAUAAAUUCCUCUAUUUAUUUAGUUCUUAUUGAUUGCAUAUGAUAUUUUAGGGCAUUCUAAUACGAUGGUAUACAUCAAUUAUCAACCAAAUUUUAUUUGGACUCUCUGGCCUGCCGCCAUGGCCUCACUAACAGCUCAGUGCAGAGACAGUGUAGCAGGCAUGUCGAAAGGGGCCACUCACAGUUCAAUGCGAACGCUACGUGGUAGGGCAACAUGGUAGGACGUGUCUAUGUUUAGUCACCAAUCUCGAAAAUUUAGUCAAGAUAGCCAAACAAAUUAAUCAUAUUGGUGUAGAAUUGUUGUAAAGAUGAUUAUAUACACCCACUUUAAGUACAUAUAAUUUUGCUUGGUCUUUAAUUUUCAUUUCACUGCAUGUCAAAUUAAUCUUGAUAUUGAAGGUAUCUUUCUUAGCAUUUUAAAU